AUGACAAUACCAUACUAUGGUAUAAAUUUGUAUGAUUAUCUGACGAAAUCGAAACCAUGGAGACGUGAAAUACAAAAACGGAAGCCUCAAGAUAUUGAAUUGAACGAAGCGUCUGUUGUUUUACAUACAAUAAUCCAUUUCGUAACGCGUGCUUCUGUAUGGUAUUUUCAUAUACAUUAUAAAACGAUGGCAGAUAUGAACUCUAUUUCGUUGAUAUUAUUUAUAUUAAAAAUGAUUUUAUUCGAUGGUUUAGGUGUCGUAUUUCAUCAGUUUCAGCAUUCGAAAUUCGGUCGAUUUUUCAAUCAUUUAAAACAUCAUCAAUUACGUACGCCAACUUUAGCUAGUUCAGCAUUUUCAUCUAUGGGCGAAUUAGUACUCAGCAGUCAUGUUGGUUGGAUAUUAAUAGGCUUGGUUCCAGGCUCAUUUUGGGAUCAUUGUUUAUUUUUAGUCAUAUCAUCGACAAUUAAAAGAUUAUGCCAUAGUAAUUAUGAUCAUCCUUGGGAAAACACGAAAUUGUAUCGUUUUUUUAAAUUAGUUGGAUCACGUGAACAUCAUGUACAUCAUUUACAUCCGAAUAAGAAUUUUGCAGAUUUAUUUGUAUUUUGGGAUCAAUUAUUUGGAAAUUUUCUGAAUCCUGAUGAUGUAGACGGAAUCAAUAAUUAUAAUAAUACAACGAUUCACAAAGCUUCGUAG